AUGCCCUGGCAAACCCAGCUCGUUACGAACUCUUCCUUAAUUAUAUACUUAGAGCUGAACUCGCUUCGAUACUACUGUUAUACAAUGGGAAAGAGAAAAAGAGAAGAAGAAGAGGUGUUUCAAGUCGAGGUGAUCUUGGCUGCCAGAGUCAACGACGAAUGCGACUGGGAGUAUCUUAUUCGAUGGGCUGGUUAUGGGGAGGAAGAUGACACAUGGGAGCCGACAAAGAACAUUGCAAAGAACUGUCAACGCCUGAUUCUAAGCUUUUGGAAAAAUGUGGGCAUGGACGACGAAGACUAUCAUCCUGGAGAUGAGUGUACGCCAACUGAUGAUUGGAUUGAGAUGGAAAGGAAAAUAUUUUACGAAGAUCAAAAGAUGAAAAAAACAGGGAAGCCACCAAAAGCUAAAAAAAGGAAACGUUCAAGAUCAGUGAAGCGCCUCGAGUCAGAGGAGGGUUCACCCCUCGCCUCAUCGUCAAAGGUAGAUUACCCAUUGGUGAAGCGUGAGCCCUCGGAAGAUAAUACUAUCCUGACUGUAAAGAAAACGCGCCAAGUCUUGAUUGUUAGCGACAGUGAUUCCGAUGAGCCUCUCGCAAAGAAAUCCUCCUCUGCUGUGGCCGCAAAGAGGAUAAAAAUUCCGUCAACAUUGCAGAGCAACAAACAGAGCAGAAAGCGCGAUGCGAAGAAAGAAGCGAUACCUCGCUCCCUUUCACCUUCAGGCUCGUUGUUUUCUGACUCUGAAGCACCUGAUAUUGCCUCCAGUCCCUCUCAUGCUAUUUCCGCACCCUCUACUCAAGCCCAAUCCUCCGGACAUAGUGUUAAACGACCUUCGAAACCAACUCAACCUCAGCUAAAAAUUAGUAUACCCAGUCAGGUCGAACAAUCUACUUCUUCCCCGAAUGUGAGGCCUCCUACUUCUACACCCUCUGCCUCGAACAGUCCAAACGUUUCCGUCAAAAUACCCAAUUUCCUUCGAGUGCCUUCCUCUUUCAAUGAACCAUCAUCAGCAUCUGGCAGUAACCUUUCUGUCAAAAGUCGCCUAUACCAAACCGCUAUAGUUCCAAUGAAGCCCAAGAAUGCCUCCGUAGAAUCUUCGCGCGUUAAGCCGUCCUUAGUUAUGGGUGCAGCAGCAGCAAAGAGAUCCUCCCUCAGUAACCUGAACUUUAAAAAGAAAUCAGCCGCCGUAGGAGCAAGUCCGACUAUAACGUCCGACGAUCUCAGACCACGUAUUCCAUCUUUUUCUUCUCCUGACCCAUCGCCAGUUAUCUCCCCACAUGUUCCAAGUUUUGCGGCUACGGCUACGUCACCUGUAAGCGCCAACAGGAUACCCAGGAAUGAUCCUACGAUGGCGGCACUGAAUGCAGCUCCACCAUCUCCUAUUGACCAUAUGGCUGGUUUGUCGCUCAAUUCACCCUCUAGUUCGGGUAUUGCGAACGAUUUUAUGCCACCGGUGAAUUCGACCGAUCAAACAAGCUUUCCCAUCGCCGAAGUUGACUCGUUCUUGCAGUCUGUCAUGCCUAUGGAGAUGGCCGCACCUUUUGAAACUACGCCAGUGGAGGCCGACGACGACGCCAUGCCUUUACCUAUCCGAACCUCACUCAGUACGUCUGAGCGGCCCACCACUAUAACCGGAAAGACUCAAAUGAAAUGGAAAUGGACAGGCGAGAUCCAAAUUCAAUCAGAAAGAGAAGGAGAAGUCAAAGGAGAAGACGGACAGCCUUCCCAACAAUUCGAAGUUCAGUUCCUUUGCAUCGCAUCCAUAACCGACACAGUCCAACUCACCCAAGGAGGGAUGCCAUUCCGAGUGGUCUUAUCUGAGGACGUCACGUCACUUACUUUUCAAACGUUUCUUCCGAUUGACCACUUGGAGGAUGUUCUUCUGGCUUGUAAACCCGAAGCGGCGGCACGGUUUGUAUCAGCUGAAGGCAAGGAGGGGGGAGGGGGGAGCGAAAGAUUUGCAAAAUUCGCUGAUUAUCUUCAAACAAACAAACAAGUGGCCAUUUCACCCGUUUACAUGGACGACAUACACACCGCGAACAUUAUGUGUUUUCCCCCCACUUUUCUAAACCGAAUUGAACGCCUUGUACGGGUACUGACAGAGUUUGCGACUGCAGUGGACACAUCAUCAGGAUUGGUCCUUGUACUCUUUUCGUGGGUUCUAUCGCGAGAACAGCUAAGCGAGCACAAUUUGCGCAUGUCCAACAAUCAACCACUUCAACCCGAAUUGGAACGUCAAUUUCCUGACCUCGUAUCCGACGUCAAGUUGUUAAAAAAUCCCGAAUCCAAAUGUACCGUUGGAAUAUUGGGCUAUCCUCAGUGGCUCCAUGGUUGGUUGAAGGAAUGGCAACGGUCGUUCUCUAUCUGGCCUGGAGGUGUAGACAACAACAACGGACAUUCAGGAUCACUUGAAUUUAACGCCAGUGCAGCUACUGACCUAGAAAUCAAUCUCCUCCAUUCCCUCCUCACCAAAUGCGAAUUAGCCGCAACAGCGCCCAUCGAAUCGGAAGAUGCCUCAAUUGCCAGAGUUAUCUUUAUUCAUGCGCAAGGGCUGGGUAGUAUUUCGAAGUUGCCUCAUUUGAGGCGGAGAAGGGAGACGGUUGAAACAAUGUUUGUCGUGUUUGGAACGAGUUCUCCAUCGGGCAGUGUCUCGCUUUCGCAGGGGCAGUGGCCGUCGUGCGGUUUUUGGGAGGUUUAUCCGAUAGGAGGCGUAGUGACUUUCACAGCAAAAGCUCUACUCCAACACCCAGAUGUGAUUCUAACCAGAACCCAGCAAAUUGCCGAGUACCCUUUAUGGACAAGUUAUAUCAUUCCGACGGUUCUUGGGAUGGCCGUAACGCUCUACUAUAGGGCUAGAAAUGAAGAUCCGAUGGAGGCGUUUGAUAGAGACGAUUUUGCGUACGAAUUCCUUCUCGAUGCUAUUCACGAAGGAGAAGUCGGGUUAUUGCGAUGCCCUCCACCGAUCUCCAACAUCACAACUAAACACUGGAAGGCAACGGACGAACACGGAGACCACCCUUCAACCAUUCUCAAUCGCCACUACGAAAACGAUAACGAUGAGGACAACUGGAGAGACCCUCGUUCGGAAUGGUUCUUAGACCAGAUCGACUCCGUUUUCCGCGAACGAAGGGAAACGUUAGCAUAUUGUCUGAAAGAGUUUGAAAGGGUUUAUGGAACCAUAUCUCCACAGCAUUGGGAUACGUUUUUAGGGAAGGAAAUUGCAGAUGAUAUCAAGAGAAUGCAGGUUCAACCCGCGAUUGCGAGGGAGUAUAGGAGGUAUGUUGUACUCAAGGCCGAGGAAGAGAAGGCGUAUGAUGAUGAGUUGGAAUGGCAGUCUCCGGAUAUGUUCGAGGUGUACAAUGAAUCGGGAACGCCACCUCCAGAUUCUCCGUCUGCAGCAUAA